CGCUCUACUGUUGUCUUCGUAAAUAUGAAACAAACGUGAACGCCGUGAUACAAUAAUUAUUGUAUGUUUUAGUGUACUUCAGUCGUUAAAGUUUCUUCGUAACGAUGGCUUCUACCCCAAAACAAGUGAACGGCAAUGCAUCACCGAGCAACGGUCCUUUGGGAAAGCGGAAAAAAUCGAAGGGAAGUAAGAGUUCCUAUUUAUCGAAGUGGCUAGAUAAAACAAUGAGCCACGUACAAGAAUCAACCCUUCCAAGUAUGGAUGUCUACGAUAACGUUCCGCACCGGAAUUUAAAUUGGCCAAUGUGUUCCGCUCAGUUUACCCCGGGUUACGAUCCAUACAGGUACAAUAUGUACGGUUCCAACGAACCGGCGUCUUUGCCUUCACUGCCAACUUAUUACAAUCCAAUGUUACACCAUUACCCUGAAUAUAGAGCGAUGCAGUGCGAGAACAAAAGCAUUCAGGUGCAAAGACCUCGGCUGCGUCGUCGCAGCAAGCAUAAAGCUGAGGAAGUGUUGAGUACUCCAGGUGAUACAAACCAAACUAAUUAUAUGCAACCAAAGAAUUUUACCGAUAGUCAAGACUUUGCGAGUCUGCCGCCGAUCGUAACGUCGACCGGCGAUACAAAUUCCAACAGUGAUCUGCAUUUAAAUGAUAAGGAUGAUGGGAGUAAUGCGAGGAGAUACAGUGAUCCUUGUGUCAGAGGAUUGCCAGAUGUAGCUGACCACAGACCUACUAAUGGUGACGUAGAGUCAGAUUCUGAAUCUAGUUCAGGAUUAUCCGGUAGCCAAGUGGGCAGUCGCUUGCUAUCUUACUUGCUUGAUCAAAUAUCAUCAUUAAAACUGGUCAAUGAAAGGCUAAAUAAGGAAUUACGGGAAACCAGAGCUGAAUUGGAGAGUAUACAACACCACAGUUUUUACCCGAAGGGUGCUACAAGUAUGGGUGCUGCAGGUGUGCACGGAGGGCAGUAUUCUCCAGGGUACCUCACAGAGUUGGUGCGGGAGAUCAGAGACGCGACCAGGGUACGGGAGGAAGCUAUGUUCGCGCGUCUCCGCUCACUUGUGCUAGAAAGGAGUGAUAGUGGAGCGGCGUCUGCGUCAACGGAAACGAAAGUUGCUGAACGAACGCUUGAGGAAAUCAAGGGUGCGCUGAGAUCGUCGGACGCGGACAAGCGGCGCAUGAUGGACCGCAUCAGCAAGCUGGAGGACGAGCUGCGGGUGCUCAGGGUGGCCAAUGGUAUGGAAUCAACGGACAACAAUCGAAUGACGAACGGUAACACAGAAGACGGCGAGAGUGAGCAAGCGCGCCUGCGCAGAGAAGUCGCCGACUUGCGCAAGUCGAAACAGAGCGCGGAGGAGCAUGCGCUCAAACUCGAACGUCUGGUGACGCAGAUGCGGUCCAAGUUCAAUGGUCUGCAAGUGAACGGGCCGGACUCGCUGUCCAGCGACGACCAGGUCCGGACCAGGAGGACCAGCACUAACUCGACCGCGACAUUCAUGUGCGGCCCGGUUACGGACUUGUAGCGAAUGGAGGCGGGCCAUAUUGUCGGGUAUCUAGCCACGGAUAUAGUUAUGUCGUGCGCUGAGAGACUUUUCAAGAAGUGAUCUCGAUUUGUAAGAUAGUGAGUUUGUAAGGAUGUGAGAUAUUGUUGUAUAAAUGUAAUUGGUUAUAAUAUUAAGUUAGAUUUGUAUCGCUUGGGAGAGCUAUUUCUGCUUUUCAUAGGACAAAGGACAGAAUUUAUGUGCAUAUUACGUUCCUAUAAAAAUGAAAGCAGAUUUCAUACAUACAUAAUUAUUUUACAAUAACUCGACAUUUCACUUAUUUACAAUUUAUAUAAAAAGAUAAGUUAGUCAGCUAGUUUCACCACUUACUCAUAAAAACUCUGAUAGUCUUUUUAACACUUUUCACUGAACAAAUCUAGAUACAGUUCCCUUUAAUUUCACAUAAUUAUUAUGAUGAUGUUGCUUACUGAACGUUGCUCGUGACGUCAUCCGCCUGAAACUUUUUAACUUACUUUUUUUUUAUUUAUUUAACCAAAUAUUUAAGUUCAUUGAAUCCCAUAUUAUUAAAAUUUCUUAUAUUCUUAUUUUACCAUAAAUUCUAUUAAACGAUAUUUUAUUCACAUAUUAUGUUCCUUGAAAAGGGUUGUUAAUUAUAUUGGUUACUUUACGAAGUAUUAAAAUCUGUACCACGGUUAAUUCACUUUUUUAUUAUGAUAAAUAAUCCUAUUUUUAUGUGCUCUA